CACUGGAUGUAUUUUGGGAGUAGGACUUGUUCUUUCACUUAUGAGUCACAGUAGCCAAACAGAAUCACGAGUGCAUGUUUCUGCUUCACUGCGAAAACUCUGCAAAUACCUGGACAGCAGUGAGGACCAAAGCAGAUGGGUCCAGGAGGUACUUGCCUAUUCUGUGGCCUGUUCCUGUGUCUCUGCUUUCAGUGUUGGAAUCAUAGAAGCAGCUGAGGCUGAGGAGGCCAUGAACAAGCUACGGACCUUAGUGGAAAAUAAUCAGCAGACCCACAGUUUUGCUUUAGCUCUAGGUGCAAUAGUACAUGGCUUGUCAGCUUGUGGUCAUGGGAAAGCUGAAGACCUGAGUAACAGACUACUGCCAGCCUGGAUGAAAAUUGUGCUUGCAGAGGGCUCUCCAACAAUGCAGCGUCUAGCUGCUGUCAGUGGGCUCGUUGCACUGGUGGGCUCUGAAGGAGGCAUGAUACAGCUGAAAUCUGAGAGCAUCCAGUCCUCCCAAUUUCAAAGUAAGCUGAAUGAAGUCAUCAGAGCCCUUACACAGAUAAUCAGUUUUUCAGGGCAGGUUGGCCUUCAGACAAAUGCAGCAGGACUUUUGGGACGUCUUCAUAUGUCCUGUUUGUCUUCUACUCAGAACAGGGCAUCCGUUCCUCCGGAUUUUAGUUACUUGCCUGAAAACAGCUUUAUCAGGGCAGCUAUUGACUUUGCCAUUGAAAGUGGAAAGAAAGGCCCUGAAUCCAUCCCAACUGAGCUGGUGAAAGUAGCACUGGCACCCAUUGCAUUAGUUGGAGAAAGCCAUCAGUAUCCACCUGUAAACUGGGCAUCCAUUCUUUCUCCUUUGAUGAGGCUAAACUUUG